UUUUUAAAUCUUCCCAAUACCCAAAACACUCUCAAAACUUCACCUAACUUUCACUCCAUCAUCACAACAGCGCUACAAGGGCCAGCACCUCUACAUUGUGAUACCCGCUGUGCCUUUUAAUCCUUUUCAGGAUCUCUAAUAUUGUGAUACCCAUUUUGUAGUCAUACCAAACACACUUUCCUACCAUCGCCAUCAUGGCCAACGUCAACGUUCCCACGAACCUAGCCAUCAAGGACAAAGACGUCAACCAGAAACUCCAGCUCUACGGAAUCUUCCAAGCCUUUUCGAACGGCAAGGCCCCCUCAAACAAGCAGAUCGAUGUCGCCCUCAACAGCUUCCUCGAGUCCAAGGCCUUGGCCUCUCCUUCGUCGCGACUUUCCUCAGAAGGUCGAGCACUAGUUGCUGAUGUGAAGGAUAUCGUUCGCCAAGCCAAAUACCUAUUAUUGUCAAAGAACUCGGGCGAUCUGCUUCAGGAGUUCCUCUGGGAUUGCCAGAACAUUGAUGGUGCCAAUGCCAGCACUCCUAACGCCCCAAUUGACAAAGGCACUGCUCAACAGCACGGCAAUCAAGCCCUCGACGGUUUGAAGACACUUGCCCGCCUCAUCAUCUCCAACGGUCAAUUCCGCAAACUUCUCAGCGAUGUCACCGUGCUCGCCCGUGACAUGGCUGGUGACGCCGCACAAAAGGCUGCCGCAAAAGUCAACCCAUCGGAAGACCAACUCAACAACAUUGAUGAGCCCGCGGAGGAUAACACUUGGCAUGACGCUCCUGAUCUUUCCAAGGGCAACCUCAAGGACACCUUCCACAAGAACACCCCAAUCCAACCCGGCGAGGCCAAGAGUGCUCUCCGACAAGGACAAGAGUCUGCCGAUCAACAUCCCUCUGACGACCCACGGGAUGCUGGCCGCGCCGGUGCCAAGAAUGCUGUUCAAAACUUGAAGCAGACGGCCAGCCAGAAUGUUCCCGACGAGCACAAGGACAAGGCACGGGAGACCAAAGACGCUUACGCUCAGCGUUCCAAGAAUUAUGUGAACAACAAGAUUCCUCAGGAGCGACGUGACCAGACCGUUUUCCGUUUGAAGAAGAUGGUUGCGGAGAUCCAGGGCCACUCUGACUACCAAGAGGCCAUUGACACUCUUUUGUACCUCGCCGAAACCUAUGGCGGACAUUCCAAGAAUAUUGCUCAACAGACCACUGGUACUGUCAAGGAAGCCCAUGGUGAUGGUGCCCUUCAGCGUGCUGAGAAGAACUUCAAGACUCUGCUUGAACGCUUUGCCAAUUACACAAGUUUCGACGACUUGACCGAUUCCUUGAACGACAUCUACGCUGAUGCCGACCGCGACCCGGAGUUGAAGAAAUGGUUCCAGAACAUGGAUAGAUACAUUCGCAAGUGUCUGAAAGAGCAAGGUUACAUUCUGCAAGACUCUGCCACCGACGAGUGGAACAGACUCUACGACCAGGGACAUCACCUGCUCCGUGAGCGUUACCGCAACCACACCGACCGUGUCGUGGACGAGUUGAAGUUCCUCACCGACCAAUUCGACCAAGACCCGCAGAACACUGCUUUCGGCAACGCAGUCCAGAAGCUCUUCUUGGAUCUCGGUAACGACGAGAACGGCAACGCCACUUUCAAGCCACACUUGAUUACGGACUUGACCAAUGUCAUCAUCCCUGCCAUCUUCGAGAACACCCGUUAUGUGCCAAUCCCACGUAUCGAGGUUUCCGACCCGAUGAUCGAUAUGGUGGUCGAGAACCUGGUCAUUGAAAGCGACAACCUAUUCCCCAAUCUUCUCGAGUUUGGUAACGAUAGUCUUUUCCGCAUGGGCCGCAAGGGCGCCAACAGCAAACUCCACAACAAGAUUAUGAUUCACGCCUCCGGCAUCCAGAUGGAUCUCCGUGAUGUUGCAUACUAUGUCAAGAAGAAGCAAGGUUUCCCGUCAAUCACUGAUAAGGGUGUGAUGGACAUCAUCCUUGCUGGUGAAGGCUUUGGUUUCAAGAUUGCUGCCCGCAACGCUCAAAAGGCCGACCGCACCCAUUUCAUUGCUGUCGACACGAUUGAUGUUGUCAUCAAGAACUUGGCCAUCAAGGUUAAGCAGUCCAACCACAAAUUGCUCUUCAAGAUCGGCAAGUCGAUAUUGCUCAAGCUGAUGAAGCCCGUCAUUACGAAGGUCAUCGAGAAGCAGAUCAGAGAUGCUAUUGAGAAGGCUGACGAAUUCGCAUACGGCAUUUACCAGGACGCUGCGAAAGCCACGAAAGCAGCCGCGAAUGACCCCGAUAAUGCCCAAAAUGUCUUCCAGACUUACUUCAACGCUUACCAAAACAAGAUGACAGCCAAGAAGGAGAAGGCCAAGCAAAAGACUUCCCAGAUGGAGGUCAACAUUGCUAUCACCAAGGAAGAUUCCAUGUUCCCGAACAUCAACCUACCCGGUGGUAUCUCCACCAAGGCUACCGAGUACAAACAACUCGCCGCCAAGGGUGACCGAUGGGAAUCUCCUAUCUUUGGUCUUGGAGCCGCUCGUGCCUCCUCCGAUAUUCCCAAGCUUAGGCAAAUCGAGAGAAAGCCACACGGUACCGGUCGUGCUGCCAUCAAAGGCGGUAACCACCCCAGCGCUGAGGGAAACCUCUCUUCCAGCGGACAGGGUGCUGGUAGCGGAGGCAACUAUGGAAGCAGUGGUAACUACGAAAGCGGUGGCAACUAUGGCAGCACUGGCAGCGAGUAUGGUACUGGCGCUGGCUACGGUAGCGGUCAAGGUACUGGUGCUUCUGGAUACGCUUCUGGAUACGGUCAGGGUGUUGGUCUUGGAUCACAAACUGGUUACAACCAGGGCUCGGGUGUUGGAUCUCAAACUGGCUAUGGCCAGAGUGGCGGAUUCAGCAACCAGGUCGACCAAGCCUUCGACAGCAAGCGCGAUGUCACCAACGGCAGUGCUAACGUGUCUGGCGGAAACACUGGCAGCAAGACCUUCUACGACGGUGUUACUCAGUAAAUGGGCAUACUAGCGUGGGUCGGUUUGAUGCGUUGGAGAGUCGGUACUUGAUUGCAUUGGUAAUUCCUCGAUACCCUUUCAGUCGGUGGUUUGUCUUUGCGUGCUUGCUUUACUAGGUAGAGGUUGUAAUGGUGAAGGAUGGUGAAAAUUGCACGCAGAUGGUGCUGAACAGAGCAAAACAUUACGAGUUUCCUUAUCCUUAAAAAAAUUGUAAAUAGCCAGGAACAGAGUCUUUUUACUAGCAUCGCGUCCCUCUCAUUUCACUCCGGUGUGUGAGCUGAGGAUGAAGAUCUCGAGAUACUAUGAUACC